AAAAACUGUUAACCAAAUGCGCAAUGCAUACAAUUAAACAGACAACAGCAACAACAACAAAAGCAACAGCAACAACAAUAAAUCAAAAGACGGCGACGACAGGUGGAAAAGCUGUGCGCGUCCCUCAUGCAGCGCCGUCGCCGUCUCAUUGAAUUAAUUUCAGCAGCACAUAAAUUGGCCGUUUGAAAAGCACGUAAAUUGAAAAGCGGAAAAGCGGAAAAACUAAAAAAAUAGGAAGCAAAACAAAGGAAUAAGUAAACACUCGAAUAGAAAACAAAACCCAACUUUUUGUUUCCAGUCAGAAAUCAACGACUGUCAACUGAACGAUUGGCGUUUGUCGUUUGUCGCUUUUUAUUGAUUUUAUAUAUAGAAAAAAAAAAGAAACAGAAACAAGAACAACAAGAGCUACAGCAACAACAAAUGGCAUUGAGCCGCAGCAAAAGAAAUAAACAAAAAACAAAAGCAAACGCAUUGUGAAUAAUUUUUACUCAAUUGUAGCACGAAACAUUAAGAACAAUAAGAAAAAUAAGAAGCAGAAGAAGCAGAAAACGAAACGGAUAUAUAUACAUACAUAUAUAGAUAAACAUAGCUAAAAUAAAACGGUCUGAUGAUUCAAGACAACGCACACACACACACACACUCACACGCCUAUGGCGAUGCCCAUAAAAAUGUGCUAUAAAAAAUAAAAACGCAUAAAUUCAAACAAACAAAGAAAAAAGCCAACUAAAGUUCAAGUUAAAGUUAAAACAAAAGCGAAUCGAAAAACUAAGCCAUCACAACAAUAGCAACAGCAACAGCACCAACAACAACAACAGCAACAAUUACAUAUACAAUGCCUAAUUGGCCUGGAUAAUAGAGCAAAGGCAACAGCAAAAGUAGAAGAAGCAGAAGCAGAAGCMGAAGGAGCAGAAGCAACCGCAGAGAACAAAAAGCAAGACUGAUUUUUAUGUUUUUAGUUAGCUUUCUAUUCAUAUGCAAACUGGCAACAAACUAAAUGCUAACAACAACUACAAAUGAAAUACUCAUAAAGUACUAAACAAAAAGAAAUACUAGAACAAAAACAAAAACAAAAAAAUUACCACAAUUACACGAGAAGGUGCAAUGACGAAUGCCAGCAAAUGAAGCGGAAACCAUAGGAAAUCCGGCUUUUUUAGGACAUACUACAACAACAACGGCAGCAACAACAACAAACAACGAACAGCAACAAACAACGAACAACACGAAGAAGAGGAAUUAUCAAAGCCAUCAUCAACAGCAACUGAAAUUGAAACUACUGAAGCAAUUGAAGCGCAAUGUUUGUGUUCAUUGUCGUUCUGUUUGUCAAUACCUGUCUAGCUGGCACCAUACCAGCUACGCCGGAAAAUAUAACCGUAACAUUUCUAACGCCAACGGCUGUGCGUGUCUCGUGGCAAACGCAGAUUGAUCUAAAGGCGCAUCCCAUUGAGAAGUACAUUGUAACGUAUAAGCCGACGGAUGACAGUUACAGGGUUGUACAGGACGUUGCCGGCAACAGCGAGGCCAUUGUCCUGGACCGUCUGCUGCCCAGCACACAGUAUUCACUCUCUGUGACGGCCAUCUGGAUGGGCAAAAGAUAUCGCAGUCGCGGCCAAAUCAAAUUUCGUACGCUGGAUCUGCCGCGAAAUACAUCACAGCAGGACUUUCCGCCUGGCAUCUAUGGACGCAAUGGCUCCGGCAAUGGCACCAGCUUUGGCGACGAUGUCACCUCCACAGCCACCAAUACGCUGACGCACAGAACGUCCCGAGAGUUGCCAACGAUACGAGGCGUAGAGAUUGGUAUUGUACUCAUCGUACUUAUGGUGUGGGCAGGUGCAAUAGCGCUCUUCUUCAACCGUUGGGGCAAAAUCCGGAUGCUGCUGCCCUAUCAGCCGGACUACAAACACGAACAGCUGAAGGUGCCGGGCACAGGUGUUUGCAGUGCCAGCGGCUGCAACGGCCAGCAUUCACACCAGAACCUACACCCCGAUUUCUUUGUCAAGUUCGACAGCAGUGAAUGUGGCGGCACCUUUGCUCACCCACCGUUGCACUGCAAUAGCCGCCACAUCCAUAUGCUCGCCGAGGAGCGGUCCACAUCGAUAUCGGAGCGCUGCACACGUAGUCGCAUCAACUCGGCCAUAUUCGUCUCGUCGGAGGGUCGCGGAUUCGACUCGAUCGAGUUCCUGCGUCGCCAUGGCUCACAGAGUGUGCUCUGCCGGAAGGCCAAGAGUGCAGAGAAUAUCACCGAAAAUGGACGCAGGAAGAGUCUGCGUCCAUGGCGCACUGACGAUGACUCCGUCCAGCAGCAACAGCAGCAAAACUCCUCCCAGGACAUUGAGAUGAAGGAGUGUGGCGCCAAUGCCGGUGAACUGCUCACGCUGCCCGUACUCCACGACGCCAAACAAUCGCCAACAGCCGUAACUAGCUUACUAGCUCGCUCCUCUGCCAUAACCACGGCCAACGUUAUCGUGGGCAGCAUUUCGCUGGAGGCUCCACCGCCGUAUAUGCAAGAUGAUGAUGCCACCUCGAUAUCAGCUCUCAUACACAGCGAUACAUCGGCUCUGGUGCACGAUUCACAGGAUUCAGCGGAAACUGUGGAGGAACUGGUGCACGUUCCACUGCUGGCCAGUGCAACGGCUACAGCAUCCUCCGUUUCGGCCGCCUCCACGCCCAGCAUUGCUAUUGAGGCAAAGCCGCGUGUGUUGGUGCAUCAGCGCUCAUCGACGGCAUCCUCAUCGCCGCACAGCAGUCCCAAGAAUUUGGGCCUUGGCUUGAAGAUCAUCAAGCCGAAGAUUAGCGCCGUGCCAAUGGUUUCAGUGUCGGGCCCAUCGCCGCCCAUUGAGAAGCCGCCGCUGGCAGAAUGCUUGUAACAAAUGGCAGCCGAAACAUUUAUCUAAGCGCGCUCACUCAAGGCAAACUGGACCCCCAGUCACAAUCGCAAAUCUUACACUAUCCUUAGCACCUACUCUCACACCCACACAUACACACACACACGCUAUCCUUGACUCAGAUGGAAUUGUGGUUUAGAAGUAUGCCAGCUGCUCAAAUAAGUGUUUCGGUGAAGCUGAACGGGAUUUAAAUGCCGCUUCAGGCAGUUAAAACUAGUUGUAAACGUAUUACUAGGAAUAGACGUAGGCAUAGACGUAGUUUAUGUACCAAACCAUGAAGGGAAGUGAAAGAGGGGCAUCAAUAAAUUGCAGGAAAGCUUUGUAUAUUCAACAACGACUGAAGUAUACAUAUACGAACUAUAGAUGAUGUGUUUUAUAAGCCAUUAUAACCAGACAAACACACACACAACUGAUGAAUCAGCUUUAACGACAAACAAGUAAACUAUCAGGCUUUAAUAUAUUACAAAGAAUUUCUGGUUUAACCCUAGACAUAGGCAGACUUGAAAACCUGUUGAUGACGUUAUAUACGAUAUAUAUAUAUMUAUAUCUUUACAUGUUCUCUUCUAUAUCUAUAUACAUAUACACACAUACACUUGAAUAUGACUAGCUAUAGCCAAAACCUAGGGCACCAACACAUGUUUAUACAUCUAUAUACACCUCUAUGUUUUUCACUAGUAGUCUAUACACGUAUGUACCCUAGAGGUAGUUGAGAAUGAACCCCACUAUAUAGCUUGUAGGCACAAAGAACAAUUGAAGGUAGUCGAAAGCGUUACUAACUUAACUUACUCUUACUUACUACUAGCUAACAUAUCAAAUACCCACGACCAAAAACGAAACGUUGAAACUGUAAAACUAGUCUAUAAACUUAAAUUCCUACAAUACGAUAUUGUAAUAUAGAAUUGUCAAGUAAGAAAGUGCCCAGGAUGAGUUCUAAGUGUUUUUAAAACUCUUGUACUUGUACGUUUAUUAUAAAGACGUCAUUUUAAAGAAAUAUAAUUCUAUAGAUAUAUACAUAUAUAUAUAUACAUAUAAAUAUAGGUGUAUGUAUGAGUAUCCUUUUAGUUGUUAAGCAUGCAUUUUCAAACAGUUUCACUUGAUGUACCUAGUAUAUGAUAGUUAUAUGAAUUAUAUAUAGAACUGAUGGCAGCACAGAAAACCAUUUGCUCUCUCUUCUCUAGGUAGUUAUUUACAUUUUAGUUAUGUUAUUUCAAUUUUUUAAAGCAAUAUAUUUGCUUAAUGCAAUCCCCUAAUAACUUAUACUAACUACUAUAUAAACUAUAAACUGUCAACUUUCUGUCUAAAUUAAUUCUUAUGUAUAUAGACACCCGCACAUGUACCUACUCAAUAAGCUCUUUAAUCCCUGCAUCUAAAAUAGAAUCCAUACCAAAUAUAACAGGAAAAACUGGAUUAUCGAACGGAACACAUGUUGUUAUUAAGGAAUUGUCAAUUUAUGGUCCAAAGCUACAAUAAUAAUAAAAAUACAAAAUAAUUAUAAAUAAACCAUUUGAAUGGGUCAGAGUUAAGCUUAAUUAAUUUACAAUUGGUC